AUGACAACCCUGCUCGAGUAUACUCAAGUCGAGCUCUUGACACUCAGCGGUCCAGAAUUCCGCCGGGUAUCCACUGCUCCUCCGCGGCCGCCAACGGAGGAUGAGAUUCCGAUCAUAGAUCUCGCUUGUAUCGACAAGGAUCUAGAAGCAAGAAAAUCCCUCGCAUCCAAAGUCAGAGCAGCGGCCGAGAGCACGGGUUUCUUCUAUAUCAAAAAUCACGGGAUCCCAGAAGAGCUCAUUCAGAAUGCCUUAUCACAAGCAAAAGCUUUCUUCGACCAGCCUAUUGAGAAGAAACAGCUAGCAUCAAGCAAGAUUCAAAAGAACGCUGAUGGAUGGCAUGGGUUGGGAACUACCCAAGUCAACAAAACUGAAACAAGGGAUCGCAAAGAGACAUUCUCUCUGCGCUACAAUCCCAAGAAUGACCCAACUGUCUCCGACCCGGACAAGCUGUCCGGCGACAAUGACUUUGCAUGGGAGACAACAAGUCAUCUCCCUGGAUUCCACGAAACGACAGUUGAAUUCUAUCAGCGCCGACUCAUGCUCGCGCGCAAGAUGAUCCGUAUCUUUGCGCUCGCUCUGGAUAUGCCAGAAGACUACUUUGACGCUGUGACCACUAACCCCGGCGCAGACGGGCUUUACGUACACUAUCCACCUACACCAGCCGAUAUGGUUGAGGAGAACAAUGGGAAUGUCGAUGUCGGCAUCGGUUCUCAUACCGAUAUCCAGUGUGUCACUCUUCUGUGGCAGGAUAUGUCUGGCGGUUUGCAGGUCCUGUCUGCCAGUGAUGAGUGGCUCGAUGCUCGGCCUAUAGCUGGCACGCUGGUGGUUAAUAUUGGCGACUUCCUGCAGCGUCUUUCGAAUAAUAGGUUCAAGUCUACCGUGCAUAGGGUUUAUAAUCGGCAGCCUACCUCCAGGUACUCGAUGCCUUUCUUCCUGGGUUUCAAUCCAGAUUCGGUUUGUAAGGUUGUGCCUUCGUGUAUUGAUGAGACUCAUCCUGCGCUUUAUGAGCCUAUCUCUUGUGGGAAGUGGCAUCGCAACCGACUUGAACUCUCGCACGGAAAACCUAUUUCUGAUUGA